UGUCAUUGCACUUGAACUUGGAAUCUUGUGACCUGAAGAACUGCAUUGGAGAAAAGGAAAAACUUCUAACAAAUGGGGAAUUAUAAAUCUAGACCAACCCAAACUUGUACUGAUGAAUGGAAGAAGAAAGUCAGCGAAUCUUAUGUUGUUACAAUAGGAAGAUUAGAAGAUGACCUGCAGAUCAAGGAAAAAGAAUUUACAGAACUAAGGAAUAUAUUUGGCUCUGAUGAAGCCUUCAAUAAAGUCAAUUUAAAUUACCGCACUGAAAAUGGGCUGUCUCUACUACAUUUAUGCUGCAUUUGUGGGGGCAACAAGUCACAUAUUCGAACCCUUAUGUUAAAAGGGCUCCGCCCAUCUCGACUGACAAGAAAUGGAUUUACAGCAUUGCACUUGGCAGUUUACAAGGACAGUGCAGAAUUGAUCACAUCCCUGAUUCACAGUGGAGCUGAUAUACAGCAGGCUGGGUAUGGUGGCCUGACUGCCCUCCACAUUGCUGUGAUAGCCGGUCACCUAGAGGCUGCUGAUGUGUUAUUGCAACAUGGAGCUAAUGUCAAUGUUCAAGAUGCAGUUUUUUUCACUCCAUUGCAUAUUGCAGCAUACUAUGGGCAUGAACAGGUAACCCGCCUCCUUUUGAAAUUUGGUGCUGAUGUAAAUAUAAGUGGUGAAGUUGGAGAUAGGCCUCUCCACCUAGCAUCUGCAAAGGGGUUUUUUAAUAUUGCAAAACUUUUGGUGGAAGAUGGAAGCAAAGCAGAUGCUGGUAUUUACUGCUUUGAUGGGAAGAAUGUCAAGUCCACUGCAGUGAACGCUCAGGAUAAUGAAGAUCAUGUCCCACUCCACUUCUGUUCUCGAUUUGGACACCAUGAUAUAGUGAAGUACCUGCUCCAAAGUGGUUUGGAAAUUCAGCCUCAUGUUGUUAAUAUCUAUGGAGACACCCCUUUACAUCUGGCAUGUUACAAUGGCAAAUUUGAAGUUGUUAAGGAAAUCAUUCAAAUAACAGGAACAGAAAGCCUGACUAAGGAAAACAUCUUCAGUGAAACAGCUUUUCACAGUGCUUGUACCUAUGGAAAGAGCAUUGACUUGGUUAAAUUUCUUCUUGAUCAGAAUGUUGUAAACAUCAAUCACCAAGGAAGAGAUGGCCACACGGGAUUACACUCUGCUUGCUACCAUGGUCAUAUUCGCCUGGUUCAGUUCUUACUGGAUAAUGGAGCUGAUAUGAAUCUAGUAGCUUGUGAUCCCAGCAGGUCCAGUGGUGAAAAAGAUGAGCAGACAUGUUUGAUGUGGGCUUAUGAAAAAGGCCAUGAUGCCAUUGUCACACUCCUGAAGCAUUAUAAGAGACCCCAGGAUGAACUGCCCUGUAAUGAAUAUUCUCAGCCUGGAGGAGAUGGCUCCUAUGUGUCUGUUCCAUCCCCAUUGGGGAAGAUUAAAAGCAUGACAAAAGAGAAAGCUGAUGUUCUACUCCUAAGGGCUGGAUUGCCUUCACAUUUCCAUCUUCAACUCUCAGAAAUUGAGUUCCAUGAGAUUAUUGGCUCAGGUUCUUUUGGGAAAGUAUAUAAAGGACGAUGCAGAAAUAAAAUUGUGGCUAUCAAACGUUAUCGAGCCAACACCUACUGCUCCAAGUCAGAUGUGGAUAUGUUUUGCAGAGAGGUGUCCAUUCUCUGCCAGCUCAAUCAUCCCUGUGUAAUUCAGUUUGUGGGUGCUUGCUUGAAUGAUCCCAGCCAAUUUGCCAUUGUCACUCAGUACAUAUCAGGAGGUUCUCUGUUCUCCCUCCUUCAUGAGCAAAAGAAGAUUCUUGAUUUGCAGUCUAAAUUAAUUAUUGCCGUAGAUGUUGCCAAAGGUAUGGAGUACCUUCACAACCUGACACAGCCAAUUAUACACCGUGACUUGAACAGUCACAACAUUCUUCUCUAUGAGGAUGGACAUGCAGUGGUGGCAGAUUUUGGAGAAUCAAGAUUUCUACAGUCUUUGGAUGAAGACAACAUGACAAAACAACCUGGGAACCUCCGCUGGAUGGCUCCGGAGGUGUUCACGCAGUGCACGCGCUACACCAUCAAAGCCGACGUCUUCAGUUACGCUCUGUGUCUGUGGGAACUCCUCACUGGCGAGAUUCCUUUCGCCCACCUUAAGCCAGCGGCUGCAGCAGCAGACAUGGCUUACCAUCACAUCAGGCCUCCCAUUGGCUAUUCCAUUCCCAAACCCAUAUCAUCUUUGCUGAUGCGAGGGUGGAAUGCUUGUCCUGAAGGAAGACCUGAGUUUUCUGAAGUUGUUACGAAGUUAGAAGAGUGUCUCUGCAACAUAGAGCUGAUGUCUCCUGCAUCCAGUAACAGCAGUGGGUCUCUCUCACCUUCCUCUUCUUCUGAUUGUCUGGUGAGCCGGGGAGGGCCAGGCCGAAGCCACGUGGCAGCUUUACGAAGUCGUUUUGAGUUGGAAUAUGCUCUAAAUGCAAGGUCCUAUGCUGCCUGGACACAAAGUGCUGGACCAAGUUCCUCUCAAGGCCUAUCUUUGGAGGAGGUGAAAAGAAGUCUGCAGUACUCACCCAUUGACAAGUACGGCUAUGUGUCUGAUCCCAUGAGCCGGAUGCAUUUUCAUUCUUGCCAGAACAGUGGCAGCUUUGAGGACAGCAACUGACAGCAUUUGGCAUAUACCUACGAGGAGUUUUCCCCCAUACUGACAGCAAUGAUUCGAACCAUGGCAGACUUACUCCCAAUUAUAAUACUUCACUGUCUAAGGUCUCCUUCAGUUGACUUAUUUAUCCUAGUCCUACUUCGUCCCCACCAUGAGUUGGUUUUUGGGUUUGUGGUUAAAGAAUGAAACGUAAAAGAACCAAGACAGUAUGUAUAUGAAGAAUUGUUUUUAAUUUUGUAAGUAAAAAAACCAAUUUAUCUUAUAACUUGGAAAUGGGGCCUAAGUCUGUGGUGGACACUUAAUUAUUAUUAAUAAUUAUUAUUAAUAAUUAUGUUUUCCUUGAUAGAGUUAUGUACACAUGUGUUUGAGAGGCCUGGGUUUGAUUUCUUAGAUUAUUGGUCAUUUUCUUAUCUCACCAUGCUGUUUCUGGUGUUCAGUUCCAUUAUUAAAGAUUCUUUGGUGGCAUAGAAAAUUGA